AGUACCCAGGUAUUGGUAGAUGAUGAUAUUUAUGGAGGAUAUGAUGAUUAUUCUUUGAUGUUCAGUGGAACUAACCAAAAUUUAGCAUUUCAAGAUGCUCUGGAAAUGAACAAUGUCAGAAGAAAUAUUACAACUCCGAGGCUGCCUCCAGGAACUGCGAUGCGUUUGGGAACGUCAACCGGGUUUCAUCGUACGGGAGCUGGGAUCACGGGGCGACCAGGUACAGGACUUAGGCCGAUGACAGCUGUACGUGGUGCUGGGUAUACCAGUAGCCGCCAGGCGACAUUUGAUCCUCUGAAUAUGGGAAGCAAUUCUCGCGGUCCUGCUCCACCUUUGGAUUCUGGAAAAGAAGACACCCCAGAGGGAAAAAUAAAAAAUGGCGAGCGAAAAAUAAUGGAACUGAUUGAAAGUUCUGCUCAAGCUGCUAGUGAGGGUAACAUGCGGGUUGCCCUAGAGAGGGCUAGAGAAGCUUCUUCGAGAGAAAAAGUUUUAAUUCGUUUGCAAGAGCAAGCUGGAUUAAGUGAUAGUCAUAAUCUAGAUUUAACUUUUGCUGUUUUAGUUAAUUUGGCAACUCAGUAUACUAAUAACGAAAUGUAUACGGAAGCAAUAGCAACUUAUCAAGCAAUAACGCGAAAUAGAAUGUUUAAUAAUAGUGCAAGGCUAAAAGUUAAUAUGGGAAAUAUUUAUGUUAAAAUCGGCCAACUUUCACAAGCUAUUAAAAUGUAUCGAAUGGCUUUGGAUCAAGCACCAGGAGCUCAUAAAGAUCUAAGGAUUAAAAUAAUGCAUAAUAUAGGUAUGCUGUUUGUCCAAAUGGGUCGCUUAGAGGAAGCAGCAAAUAGUUUCGAAUGGGUGAUGCGAGAAAGAAGUGAAUUUAAAGCUGGGUUGCAUGCUAUUUUAUGUCACUUUGCACUAUGUCAUCGGGAUAAAAUGAAACGAGGAUUUUUAGAACUACUUGAAGUUCAGCUUAAUACUGAUCAAGAAGAAAAAUAUUCAAUUAAUACUGAUGAUGCAGUAAACAAUAUACUUAAUGAAAUAAUAAAAACAGAUCAAUUGUCAUUAUUAGAAAAUGAAAUGAAAUCAGAAGCGGAAAAAUCAAUUUUAAGCGCUGCUAAAUUAAUUGCUCCAGUAAUUGAGGAUACUUUAACAGCAGGAUUUUCUUGGUGUGUAGAUAUUAUAAGAUCAUCAUCAUACAGCUCUCUGGCAGCGGAUUUAGAAAUAAAUAAAGCUAUGGUUUUACUGCAUAAUCGAGAAACUUCUCUGGCAAUUGACACACUUAAAAUGUUUGAAAAUCGUGACAUUAAAGCAAACAGCGCAGCAUCAACCAUGCUAUCAUUCAUCUACUUCCUUCAAGGUAAUUAUGAAUUGGCUGAACGUUGCGGUGAAGCUGCUCGUAACGCAGAUAGUUAUAAUGCUGCGGCUUACGUAAAUCUUUCAGCAUGUGCGAUAAAAAAAGGCGAAUUGGAAAGAGCUAGAGAAUUAUUGUUAUGUGCACUUGACAGUGAUGCUAGUCAUGUACAAGCUUUAUAUAAUUUAGGAUUGGUCUAUAAAAAACAAGAAUGGCACGAAGAUGCACUUGAAUGUUUCUGGAAAUUACGAAACAUCGUGAGAUAUGAUCCUCUGACACUAUACCAGAUCAGUCAUUUGUAUCAGCUAACUAAAGACGUUGAUCAAUCUUUGGAAUGGUAUUCAAUAUUUAUUAUUAAUUGUUAUAAUUCACUUGAAUCGUAUAAUCAGCUGCUGGGUAUUAUACCAUCUGAUCCUGGAGUGCUACAAAAAUUAGGAGAAUUGUACGAUAGUUUAGGAGAUAAACAACAAGCAUAUCAGUAUUACAGUGACUCUUACAGAUACUUCCCAGGUAAUUUUGAAGUUAUCGAUUGGCUUGGGUCUUACUUUAUUUCGAUGCAGGUCGCCGAAAAAGCUUUACCGUACUUCAAGAGAGGAGUGGAGUUAGCUCCGGAUCAACCACGUUGGCGAUUAUUAGUAGCGGCUUGUUUGAGACGAACUGGCCAGUUUCACAAAGCAUUGGAGGAAUAUCAGGACAUACAUGAAAAGUUUCCUGAAAAUAUCGAGUGUCUUAAGUUUUUGAUUAGACUAUGCAGUGAUUUGGGCUUGAAAGAAGCUCAACUGUACGCUUCAGAGCUGAAGAAAGUUGAAAAAGCUAAGGAACUUAAAGAACGUCAAGGUUCUGCUAGACCAGGUUCAAGAAGAAGUAAUAGUGGCAACUCUUCGCGAGGAGGCUCUGGAAUUAGCAUGCAAUCUGAUUAUAAAUCGAGUCCAAUCGCAAGUCGUAAAGAGCCACGCUCGUCUUUUAGUAACGGAAAUUCUCGUUUAAGUCGAGUUAAUACUCUAGAUAAUUUUGAUAAUAUUUUACCUGAGUCACCAAAUGACGUGAUUUAUUCAGAUCCUGUGGGACCAUUACCAACACGACCUAUGACUGCCGCUGGAAAAAGAGAUGAAGAUUUUGGUGAUGAAGAACUAGGUGACGAUUUAUUGCCUGUUUAA